UCUCCUACACCAAACACUAGUUAGCGGGUUAGUCGAUGCAGUACUGCUAACCAUUGUAAAUACGUACAUUAUUUUUUAAUUUACACUUUGUGAAAGUAUUUAGAAUGUCAUUAGAAACGGUACCAAAGGAUCUCCGGCAUUUGCGAGCGUGUUUGCUGUGUUCUCUUGUAAAGACCAUUGAUCAGUUCGAGUAUGAUGGCUGUGACAACUGUGAAUCAUAUUUACAAAUGAAGGGCAAUCGGGAGAUGGUGUACGAAUGCACAAGCUCAUCCUUUGAUGGGGUCAUUGCAAUGAUGAGUCCUGAAGACAGUUGGGUGGCCAAGUGGCAAAGAAUAGGUAAUUUCAAACCAGGAGUAUAUGCUGUAACCGUAACUGGACGUUUACCUCCGGGAGUGGUGCGAGAACUGAAGAGCAGAGGAGUCAUCUACAGAUCCAGAGACACAGCAAUGAAGACGUAAAGCAACACAUUCCAGCAAAGAUCCUCAGCUAAAACCUACAAUGCUAUAACUGUUGUAGUCUGACCCAGUUUAUCCACACAGCGGAGGCAAGCAUUGUUUUACCAUCAGGUUAUCUUGGUUCAAAUGUGAGUUAGAGUAGAAUAUAAUAGAAUAGCUGGCUGAGGAUCCUGCUGUCGUAAUUUCUUUGUUCAAAUAUCUUUAUGUAUUUCAUUUUCUGGCAGAUUUUGUUUGAGAAUAUUGACCAGUUAUAUCUGAAUAAAAGGUUUUUUUUUUUUACACA